UCAAUUGGCAGUUCAUUGAAGAACAACUAGGGAAAGUUGCUAGCAUUUACACAUAAAAGCAAUUAAACAAUUACAAUCAACGUCAUAAAUGUGAAUCUUAUCGCUUGUUAGCAGAUAACAUACCAAAAGUCUACAUCAUUUCCGACUGCCAAAAUUUCGAGUAUAGUUCGUCAUGUCACAGAUAUAUCAAUUGAAUGAAGUGGCCGAAAAUAAUGGUAAAAAGGGAAAACCCGCUUGGAUAAUCUACAAGGGAAACGUUUACGAUGUGACAAGCUUUCUAAAGGAUCAUCCUGGUGGCGAAGAUCUAAUACUGGAGGUAGCUGGCAAGGAUGCCACAAAAGCCUUUAACAGUGCUGGACAUUCCUCGGAUGCGGUGAACGAUUUAAAGAAGUACAAAAUUGGCGAAGUUGCUAUAAAUGCACAGCCAACGACACAGACGCCACCGACUCCCGCCAAGACAGAGGAGAAGCUGCCGCCCAAGGAGCCAAUGAAGCCAUCAUCAUCAUCCUCCAGUUUUCUGUGCUGCUGUUGAGGAGAGAGAGAGAAGAAAAGCGCCGUUUCCAAUUGACAACUGAAAUAAUUAUUGUGUUUAUUAACAUAUAGUUCAGGUCGUUUUAGUAAUUAAUUAUAGUAGUUAACUAACACACUCUCAUCCAACGCUCACAUCAUAGUCAUUUAACUAAUACGAAUAGAAUUAAGAUCAACUUUGCGUAUCGCAAUGUGAAUAAACUUCCCCAA